CCAGUUGCUGUCUCCUUAGAAAGCGGGGAGCGGUAGGAUCUGGGGACCCCAGACUAGUGCUGAGCCCGAGCUGGUAACGCCUCCUGCCCUGCGCCCGUCCUCCUCCAUCUCAGCUUCAUCGUCAUCAUCAUUAUUAUUAUUAUUCUCCAGAACAUGGACUUCACGUGCUUCUGGCUAGGGCUGCUGUUGCCCUUGGCAGCUACCCUGGAUUUCAGCUACCACCACCAGGAAGAGAUGGAAGCGUUUUUGAAGACCGUGGCCCAAAACUACAGUCCCAUCACCCACUUACACAGUAUUGGGAAGUCUGUGAGAGGUAGAAAUCUCUGGGUUCUUGUCGUGGGGCGAUUUCCAAAGGAACACAGAAUCGGGAUUCCAGAGUUCAAAUAUGUGGCAAACAUGCAUGGAGAUGAGACUGUUGGGCGAGAGUUGAUGCUCCAUCUGAUUGAGUAUCUUGUAACUGGUGAUGGGAAAGACCCUGAAAUCACAAAUCUGAUCAAUAACACCCGGAUACACAUCAUGCCAUCGAUGAACCCGGAUGGAUUUGAAGCUGUCAAAAAGCCUGACUGCUUUUACAGUAAUGGAAGGGAGAAUUAUAAUGAGUAUGACCUGAAUAGAAAUUUCCCUGAUGCUUUUGAAUUUAAUAAUGCAACAAGACAGCCUGAAACUAUGGCAGUCAUGAAGUGGCUGAAAACCGAGUCAUUUGUCCUCUCUGCAAACCUCCAUGGCGGUGCUCUUGUGGCCAGUUACCCAUUUGAUAAUGGCGUUCCAGCAACUGGGACGUUGCACUCCCGAAGCCUGACUCCUGAUGAUGAUGUUUUUCAGUAUCUCGCACAUACUUACGCUUCCAGAAAUCCCAACAUGAAGAAAGGGGAUCAGUGUAAAAAUAAGAUGAACUUCCCCAAUGGCGUUACAAAUGGGUACUCUUGGUAUCCACUCCAAGGUGGAAUGCAAGAUUACAACUAUGUCUGGGCCCAGUGUUUUGAAAUUACAUUGGAGCUGUCAUGCUGUAAAUAUCCUCGUGAAGAGAAGCUUCCAUUCUUUUGGAAUGAUAACAAAGCCUCACUAAUUGAAUAUAUGAAACAGGUGCACCUAGGUGUAAAGGGUCAAGUUUUUGAUCAGAACAGAAAUCCAUUACCCAAUGUAAUUGUGGAAGUCCAAGACAGAAAACAUAUCUGUCCCUUCAGAACCAACAGAUUUGGGGAAUAUUAUCUCCUUCUCUUGCCUGGGUCCUAUAUAAUAAAUGUUACUGUCCCUGGACACAGUCCGUACCUCACAAAGGUGAUUAUUCCAGAGAAAUCCCAGACCUUCAGUGCUCUUAAAAAGGAUAUUCUACUUCCAUUCCAAGGGCAACUGGAUUCCAUCCAAGCAUCAAAUCCUCCAUGCCCAAUGAUUCCUCUAUACAAAGAACUGCCAAGCCAUUCAGCUGCAACAAAGCCUAGUUUGUUCUUAUUUUUAGUGACUUUUUUACACAUAUUUUUCAAAUAAAGUACAAUGUGAAACUCAACCCCAGUCACCACCUGGAAUCAGGGAUUACUCACACCAGGUUACUAUAUCCCUAACUCCCUGUUAUGGGACCUCAACAGGAUAGCCUCCAGUCUUUCCUAAUAAGAGAAGUGGAUGUUUCCAAAUUCUGCAGUAAACAAAUAUGGUGAUGAAGAGUGAUCUGUCCUUGAUGAUGAAGGAAGACACCUAGCUACCAAAUACUGCUCACUUACACUUAAUCUUGAAGUCUUAGACAUUUGUGAGAAGUUAAACUUGAAAAGCAAGAGAAGUUCCUGCAAGAAGAAAAGGAACUAAUUUUGCAUGCAGAGCCAGAUGGAUAUAAGCAAUAAAGACGAGCAUUUACUAUAUACAAGACCUUACCAUGAAUGCCGUAUGUGAAGAGUAAGUGCCAUAUAUAAUCAGUUCUCAAUGAAGGGAGACAUGAUCCUAAGGCUGGGAACAUUUAGCUUUCAAAUGUUCUGAGGAGAAAGAGAAAAUAAGCAACUGUCUCUGUGUCCCAAGAGAACACAGACCUGAUAGGAUGACAAGGUUCUAUCUGCAGAACCUCAAAGCUGCAGGUCAUUUCAGUCUCUUCCCCUCCAGCCCCGCUCCCCCCGCCUCUCUGAACAUGGAUGCCAUCAUCCUGUUACGAUGACCUACAAAUGUUAACUCUCGCCUCUUGCCUGAGCUUCAGACUCAUGGCCUACUGCCCACUCGACAGUUACCUGAAUGUGACUCAAAGGUGCCUCCAGCUCCCGUCAAAAAUGGAGCAUUACUUUUCCCUCUGGAGCUGGUCUUCCUGCUGUAUUCUCUAUCUCAAUUUUCUCCAGCUAGAAACCUGGGAGUCAAUCUCAAUACUUCCUCCUCCUCCUUAAUCCUACGGUCAAUCACUGAAGACUGGUGUUAAUUAUACAUACUAAUUCUACCCUCUCCACAAGCUACGAACUUGCAGUUUAGUCCCUCAUAUCUCACCUGCACGAGUGCAAAGGUUUACUUAUCUCUUGCUCCCAGGCUUCUCCUCAAGACCAUCUCCCACAAGGACUAGGGAAGGAGAGCUACUUAGAAAAAUCAACAAUCAUUUGUUGUAGUUCCUAAAUGCAUGUGUGUUCCCUAUAUCUGGAAUGUCAUUCUUACUAAUUUUUUCUCCAACUCCAUUAAAACUCAGACCAGUGGCCAACCCAUGGCAGUGGUUUAGGUGGCUGGAUCUCACAAGGCUGACCACACAGU